AUGAACCCAGGAGCUUUUUCUGGUUCCGGUCCACUGUCCUUGGCCAUGUUCUUGAUGAGGAAGGGCCGAUCAGGCAGCGAACUCUUUGACCCUUGCCCUGGUCGGCGCUACACUCCCCCAUCCACUACCCUCGCCUCGGGAGGAAAGAUGGCUGAGGCCCUGGGUGCCCAGGAGGCUGGAGGCGGAGCGUCUCUAGUGGGCAAGUUGCGCAUGGCUGACCGUGACAUGGUAGAGGUGCUGUCAGAUCAUCCGGGAGAGCUUGUGAAGACAGACAGUCCCAACUUCCUGUGUUCAGUGUUGCCCACACACUGGAGGUGCAACAAAACCCUGCCUAUUGCUUUUAAGGUAGUUGCCCUUGGUGAGGUUCCGGACGGCACCAUGGUGACAGUGAUGGCAGGAAAUGACGAGAACUACUCAGCAGAGCUGCGCAAUGCCUCGGCAGCAAUUAAAAACCAAGUAGCCCGAUUCAACGACCUACGAUUCGUCGGUCGCAGUGGGAGGGGCAAGAGUUUCACCCUGACCAUCACUGUGUUCACAAACCCCUCUCAGGUAGCAACAUACCAGAGAGCAAUCAAAAUCACAGUGGAUGGGCCCAGAGAGCCACGACGUCACCGCCAGAAGAUUGAUGACAUCAAGCCCGGGUCUUUGGCCUUUUCUGAAAGGCUCACAGAGCUGGAACAACUGAGGCGGAGCUCCAUGAGAGUGACUCCCCCACACCACCACCAUCCGCAUCCUCACCAUCAUCCUCACCAUCACCAUCAGUCGUCCGGUUGUAACACGCGGCAGUCGACGGCAGCGGCCGCGUUGCAUUCGGCCUCGUUCUCCAGUCCCACGCACACACAGAUAGCAAAUGAAGGGCGACAGAUGCAGUCAUCUCCAUCGUGGUCCUACGAACAGUCUUAUCCUUAUCUUGGCCAGAUAGCCACACCUAGCAUCCACUCAACCAAUCCCCUUUCACCAAGUCGCUCAUCACUAGGGGACCUGUCCUCGCGUCUAUCCGGUCCAGACCUGACUGCAUUUGGUGACCCAAGGGUGACUUUGGAACGAUCUUUCACCUCUGUCCCGUCCUUGCCAGACACCCGCUUCUCAGACCCGCGUGUGCAUUACCCUCCCACGGCAGCUGCCUUUACCUACACGCCCCCACACAAUCCCGUCUCCAACGGUGCCCUUGGCAUUAGCAUGGCGACGGCUAUGGCGACAACACCUGCCGGGAGGUAUCACACUUACCUUCCGUCUCCAUACCCGUCAAAUUCUCCUCACCAGACCCAAAACAGGCCAUUCCAGUCCACCUCCUCGCCAUAUCACGUGUACUACUCUACAGCUGCGGGCUCAUACCAGUUCUCCAUGAUGGCCGGGGGAGGCAGUGGGGGUGAUUCGCGUUCCCCGCCAAGAAUUCUACCACCUUGCACUAAUGCCUCGACAGGUUCCCCGCUUCUGCACCCAUCUUUGCCCAAUCAGAACGAAGGGGUGGCAGUGGAAGUGGAGUCCAGCCACAGUAGCUCCCCGGCAAAUGUGGAAGCUGUCUGGAGACCUUACUGA